UGAAGGUGGAAGAGAGGAGGAUGGAGACCCAGCGGCCGAGCGUUUAUUUACCCCAACCUCUCGGUAGAGUGACGGUCUAAAAUUAAUUGAAUGAUGCGAAUCGUGUUGAAUUACUCUAAAGAAGCGUUGUUGUUGAUAAUUGCGCUCCAUUAGGCCUUUACAGGGCCCUGGUUGCUGUGGAAACGAGGACUAUGACAGCUACAAUCAUCCUUUGUCUCCACUGAAUGAGGAAACACACAACAGUUCUUUCUUCGUGAGAAAAGAAAGAGCCUUUUCUUCCUAGCAUUUCUUUUUUUUUUUUUUUGGUUCACUGAGCUUCAGUUUUUGCUUGUUUGAAGAAAAAAAAAAAACCACAAAAAAUUAUCAAUGGAGGACAGAGCUGUAGACUAAACAUCCGCGGAGUUCAAGAUCAGCUUAAGAAAACAGCAGAGUGCAUGUGAUGCAAUGUGGUGAAAGCCGUCAGGUGUUAUUUGUGGUAGUGUUCUCUUGACUCCGUUUUCGCUUUAAUGUGGCGCUCUGUGAUAUCUUCAGCAUCAGCCUGAACCAGAGGCCUGUGUAAACAGCUGCAGGCCAGGACCUCCCUCUGUAUCCCAGUCAGUAGAUGCUCUUGUCUUUGACGCUCUUCCUGUUUAGGCUCCAUCAACGUCUCUCCAUCAUGUUCAGCUCAGACAGACUCACUGUCCCGGACUAUGUCAGCCGGCUGCAGAGAGGGAGGAGCGGCUCCGGCUGCGAGCCCAAGCCGGUCUCCCCGGGCCUCAGCGCCGACGUCCAGGCCGUCCUCAAGGACUCCCUCCCUGCCCUGCGCGAAGCCAUCAGGAACCUCAAGGCAGCCAAGGAAAACUCUGAUUCAGACGAAACCCGCAGGGCCGUGGCGGAGAUUUAUCAGCUGGUGGAGGAAGCCUGGGUGCUCCCCACUGUGGGGCGUCAGGUGGCCGAGGAGAUCUGCAACAGGAUCCGGCUGGAUGGAGGCCUGGAGCUGCUGCUUCAGCUGCAGCAGACAUCAGCUGUGGAGAUCAUCUAUGAGUCUGCAAAGCUGCUGGAGCAGAUCCUGAUCUCAGAGAACAGGGACUAUGUAGCACGCAUUGGUCUGGGGGUCAUCCUUAACCUGACUCGACAGCAGGACGAUGCCCAGUUGGCUCGCAGCGUCUCUGGCAUCCUGGAGCACAUGUUCAAACACACCGAGGAGACGUCUGUCCAGCUCAUCUCCAAUGGCGCCUUGGACGCCCUCCUCUUCUGGUGCCGGGGCACGGACCCCACCGUGCUGCGUCACUGUGCCGUGGCGUUGGCUAACUGCGCAAUGUAUGGGGGCCACCGGUGUCAGCGCUUGAUGAUUGAGAAGCAGGCGGCAGAGUGGCUUUUCCCUCUGGCGUUUUCCAAAGAAGACGAGCUCAUCCGCUUCCACGCCUGCCUGGCAGUGACGGUGUUGGCUGCGAACAGGGAGAUCGAGAAAGAGGUGGUGAGGUCCGGAACACUGGAGCUGGUGGAGCCGUUCAUCGCCUCUUUGGAUCCGGAUGACUUCGCCCGCUGCUUAUUGGACAGUGCGGAUUGCAUGCAGGGAAAGACGGCAUCUGACCUUCAGCACCUUUUGCCAUUACUAGACGGCACAAGAGUGGAGGGGAAGUGUAUUGCAGCCUUUUAUCUCUGUGUUGAGACCAGUAUCAAGUCCCGCCAGCGCAACACCAAGAUAUUCCAAGAGAUCGGUGCAGUGCAGAGCCUUAAAAGAAUCGUCAUGUACUCCAGCAAUGGGACGGCCUCCAGUCUCGCCAAGAGGGCCCUGAGUAUGAUGGGAGAGGAAGUCCCAAAGCGAAUCUUGUCUUGUGUGCCCAACUGGAAGACCUGCGAGGUGCAGACAUGGCUGCAGCAGGUUGGCUUCAGUGCCUUCAGCGACCGCUUUCAGGAGCUUCAGGUGGAUGGAGAUCUCCUGCUGAACAUCACAGAUGAAGAUUUAAGCUCUGAUCUCAACAUGGCUGCAGGUCUCACCCGCAAGAGGUUUCUGAGAGACUUGCGUGUGCUGAAGACCUACGCCGACUACUCCACAUGUGACCCUAACAACAUGGCUGACUGGUUGGCUGAGGUGGAUCCCCGUUUUCGACAGUACACCUAUGGCCUGGUCCAAUCAGGAGUGGACCGCAACAACGUGGAGAACCUGACUGACCAGCAGCUGCAGCACGACUGCCACAUUAAUAACGGAGUCCAUCGAGCGAAGAUACUGUCCGCCGCCAGCAGGCCGUUAAAGCCGAGCCACACAGACGCCCAGCCUCCAGGCCCUGAUGUGUUCAUCAGCUACCGUCGGACCACUGGCUCCCAACUGGCCAGCCUUCUGAAGGUGCACCUGCAAGUCAGAGGAUACAGUGUUUUUAUAGAUGUGGAGAAGUUGGAGGCGGGUAAAUUUGAAGACAAACUAAUCCAGAGCGUACAGAGGGCACGCAACUUCAUCCUGGUUAUGUCCGCCAACGCGCUCGACAAGUGCAUGGGCGACACCGCCAUGAAGGACUGGGUGCAUAAGGAAAUAGCCACGGCCCUGAGUGGUAAAAAGAACAUUGUCCCCGUCACAGAUAACUUCACGUGGCCUGACCCCACGUCUCUGCCAGAGGAUAUGAGAGCUAUCCUCAACUUCAAUGGCAUUAAAUGGUCUCAUGAAUAUCAGGAAGCUACAAUUGAGAAAAUCAUCCGCUUUCUCAAAGGGCGCCACGACACAACUGACGCCCCAGACGAAUCCAAAAGUCAGAAGAAGAAAUAAGCCAAUCCAAACACGACUAUAAGACUGUUUGUGAUGCCAUCUUCCACAUGCCUAUUGAACAGCCUUCCCUGCUCUACCCGACAGCAUGUGAAGUAUGUGUUUAGCCCGCUUACACAAAUCAGUGAGCAGAUGAACUUAUUCCUUGAACAAUAAGACUUAAAAAGGGAACUCCGGACUGUGUGUAAUUGAGUUCAAGUCGUUAAUGUCAUUCCUCACUAACUGCUGUAUUGGUGUAAUCACGUUCAGUAUAUGCCUUUUAUAUCUCAGGAAAAUAAGCGAUAGACCAACUGUCAUCCAGCAACAUCGUCAUCAAUAGGAAUUUCUGAAGGCUCUACCAACCCUUCAGUCUUAGUCAAGGUUAUUGUAUAUGCACUUAUUCUUUCUGUAUCAUGUAUCAAUAGUAAUAAAUAAAUCCAGAUCUCUAAUACGA